GCAGAGGCCGCAGACACUGUCACACAGCCACACGAAUCUGAGCGUGUUCCGGGUUAAACAUAUAAGCAAGCGCUCUACCGUGUUGCUUUCUACCCCGUGGACAAAUGGAGUGCUCCCAGAUGAAGGGAUACGAACAACUCGCUUAUUAAGUCAUUUAUCCCAAGGGAAAUCAUGUGGAAAAGGCCUCUCAUAAUCCGCUCCCACAUUCACCAGUGGAGCCACAUCCCACCAGACAGGAAUUUCCAAGAGCAUGGCGCGAGACUGCUUUUGUUCAGUACGGGAAUCGCGUCCGUCAGCCAGCCGAUACGUGCGAGAAGGACUGUGGCUUCUGCACCGAAGGAACUCUGUUCGAUGCUUUUUUCUGCGGUCGCUGUUUUGGGGUUCAGAACAGUAUACCGGAACUCAUGUCGCCGCAUGGGCUGUCGCGAGGUCUCGACCACUCACAAACUGACUCCACACUGACAGAAAAGAGGAAGCAUUCCAGAAUGUGUUGUAUAUAUUCCGUAGUGUACAUAAACCUAGAUGACGGGAAUUGCGAAGCCUGUGCGUCUUGAUUCGAGCGGCGCUAGCGUCCUUGUGGGACCAGACGAUUUCAGUGCUUUGACUUGAGAACAUUUUACCCAAACUACGACAAGCAACGAGCUGGCCAGCUUUGCUGCCUCAGAAGGCACCCAGUAUGGUCCAAUAACGGCGGCUGUUAAUAGAGGAUCGUCCUCCUUGAAUGCGAACCAACGCAAAGCUGUGAUCUGACGUGUGCGUCGCGAACUGUGUCUGCUACUGGGUUGCCGCCAGAGGCGUGGACAUGGGGGCGCCGAAGGCCCCCCGACGUUGUUUGUCCAUGUUUGUUUCACUACUAGUUUUGUCUUGCGAGUUUCAUGAGGAACGAUGAUUGUAUCUUUGGCCUUGUUAGUGUUUCAUAUGUUGUCACGACUCGCGUUGUAGGGCUUGCUGUGCGGCGCUGGGCACAGCCACCACAGGAGCCGGAACCCCCUGCACCGCCUUCGGUGGAGGAUCCUGAGGUGCUCCCCGAGGAAGACGAGGCUUCGUCUUCGCUUCCACCGCCGCCUCCACCAUCGCCGCCUCCGCCGCCUCCACCAUCGCCGCCUCCGCCGCCGCCCGUCGAAGUUCCGUUGUCGCCGGAGUCCCAAACAGUUGACCUCUCGUGUUUGUCAGGCACGACAGUGAGAUUCUUUGGGCCGUCACACCACUCCGGGGGCUUCACCCCGCUCUACGAUCCAGCCCCCGACAAACGCGUUGCAACAGUGGACGCUGGGGCAAACGCCUUGUUCAUCGGUGGAGGUGGACUGAACGGGCAGUUCGCGAAGACGCUCCUUGAAGAGGCAGAAAAAAACGGCAUCCGGCUGACAUCCGUAGCACUCUCCGAGCACAGCCAACGCAUCCAGCAAAGCCUGCUUCGCCGUGCCGUGAAAAGCCCGGGGAAACUGGUGGAGUUAGACACCGGGGUCGCUUCUCCAGUGUUCGCAAGGUCGUUCGGCUUCGUUCCCGUUGUUCCCGGAUUGAUGUGGAAAGAGUCCAAAGUCGGGGCGAACGUUGGGGUAACCUUUAUUCACAUUCUAAAGCCGGAAGUUACUCCGUACGGCAACCUGAACAACAACGUCAUGAUGUACACCGUGGCCCCUUGUGGCGCUGCGCCGGACACGACGUAUUCACUGGCUUAUAAGACAACGAUUGCCGGCGUCAUUGGAGCUGCUGCGGCGUACAACGACACUCCGGCUGGGCAGCAGUACCCAGUGCAAGGGCUUCGUCUUCCCUUGUUAAGAGGCGGGAUCUUCAGGAGAAACCGCAGCCUUGAGUCCAUUGGCAGGGCCAACGCAGAGGGGACCUCUCUGGCCAUCACGCAAUAUGGCCCCAAUUUCGAAUUACAGUACAUGUACGACCCUAGCAACGCGGCUCUUCACGGCUUACAGGAGGCUGAAAGCACGUAUCUGGCUAGCAUGCUGGACUGAAGCGCGAGGAAUCAGUUGUGAACAAGAAAAAAACAGGUGCCUUGGAAUGUUGAACACGCGUCUUCGUGUUCGUUCCCCGGGAGACAAACGGCUGCUGCCCGCGACACAUGUCUUUUUGCGAAAAUACUAUGCUUGGGGAUAUAUUAUGAGCCGGUUGCGUGCUGUGAAAGACUCUACGCUUUCAAAGGACCACCUGGACACCGCUGGUGAACUGGACGGACUCAGGGGCCUCCACCUUCAUGUAUCGAAAUGAGGCUGCAUGCGCCUACUUCCCAGCUCACUAGACCUCAAGCAUCACUUCAUGUUAGACGCUCCCUCAUUCGCUGUGUACAGUCUGGACCCUUGCAGGCUCCGUGUCAAGACACUGGAACUGGAAUUUGUAGCACUGCUGCCGUCAAGAAAGGACAGUAACUCACAGUGACCCGAUUUUCACAAAGACAAAUACGACAGCUUGGUUCCUUCCUUGGCAAGCGUCUCUUCCCAGACACUCCUUGAGCAGUGCCGGGGUGCGAGAAAAUUCUCUUUGCUGUUUUACGUUCUAAAGAACAGAGAACAGGCACUGUUGUACGGAGAGACGAAUAUGCGUGUACGCUCCCGGCUGAGUGAGAAUUGAAGCAAGCGAUGUAAGAAGUCUCCUCUCUACCGUGGACGAAUGGAGUGCUUACACAUGAAGGAAAAUAAAAAUCUCCCUCUAUUUAUCGGACGAAUAGAUCAUGUGAACAAGGCUUUCCCAAACAGCUUCCACGUUGCGCGGCUCUUCAGUCGGUAUCUACCACACGCAUCCUAACAGUAAUUUUCUAGAGCAUGUCGCAACACCGGUUUUGUUUAACAUGAGACGCUCCAGAGUUAAAUCAAGCGGUACAUGCGAGAAGGGUUUUCUCUUCAGCAAAGAAGCUCCUGUGAACGAUGAUUAUUCCCCCCGUCGCCGUUCCGAACAGUACACACUAUCGCACUUUCCCCACAUGCGUUGCUGCGGCAGACUCAUCAACUCACUACCUAACAACUCACAAACUGGCCGGGGAACGUGUCAAUGUAGAUGGAGGCUUUUCAGAAUGUGUCGUUCGCAUGUUGCAGUAUUAUGCGUAACUCCUGCAACGAGCUUUGGAGCUCCCGUUUGUGUCGGCUGAACUGUCACGGACGGUCCAACGGGCAAGACGGUUUCACUGCUCGACAGUUUUCAAAGGGGCGCCUUUCUUGGGAGCACCUCAUCCAUCGGUACGACGUAGACGCAGCUUGUAUGUCAAGGAAGAAAACACAUUAUCUUCUUUGAGUAAUGUUUUGUAAGCAUGGUUCCACAUCUAUGCGAGGCAGUGCAAAAUUGCGGUCGGAGGUUGAGAGCCGCGGAUUGCGUCUCUUAGUAAGGUGCCUUUCCAGCCACAAGAGACGCGGGUCAAGUCGGGGUGCUGUCGGUAGGGGAUUGUCGGGCCGUUUCCACCAUGACCGCUUCCCAAACCGCGUCGCUGUGGCUGCUACCGAUGUUUUUGUGUUGUCUUGCUUUUUUUAGCGAAGGUCGUGAAGGCAGAGUCAGAAAAAUUCAGGGAUCUUUGUUUCGCUUUUGACAGAGACGUCUGCCGCGUAGUGCGUGUGCCCUCGAUAACUCGCAGAAUAUCUUGCUUGUGAAAUCACAUUUUUAGAACCGUUUUUGUAGAGUUUGCGUCACUGAACUCUGGUGUCCUGGCGUCCCUGCCUGGCGAAAAAUUGUUCCGUUUUGUUCGAGCGAACUUCCGAGUUGCACAGGGGUUGUGCGUAUAUGUUUCAUGACCCAUCAUUCAGUCCUCUCGUUCGCUUUAGAAGAAUCACAUAUUGCGUCUCGCGAAUGACGCGUUCUUCCUGCCUGUCAACUAAGACGAACUCGCUAGAACUGGCCGGUUCAGUAGUUUGCCUACCACACGAGUCGGCUGCUUCGCCACGCUGUGUUUUUCGACGCUCGCGCCUCAUGUCUCCGCGUUUUUGUGGUCCGUUUCCAUCUGGUACUUCCCACUAACCUGACCUGACUCUCUACCGCGCGCUUCAGGCGCCGCGUGCUCCUCGGUGUCUGACGAGGUUCGCAGAGUCAAAUAUGUUCAAACAGUACGAGGAUUAAGUAUGUUCAUCUGCGCAUAUAGGCUGAUGCUCGGUUCGGCAUGCAGACUGCAUCCAGCUUCGUGCACAUACGUUGUUUAUUCGGUUCGUGGGGCACCCCUAGAUUGUGCGCCAGUUCAACUCUGAGGAUAUCCACUUCCGUAGAAAGCUUCGGGCGCGAGAGCGGAGAACCCGAAGUCCGUGGAAGAAUGCCGCAUCCAGUGUCUGCCGCAGCUGCGGAAAAAUCUGACAGAUUCGAGAGGUAAUCUCGGCUUCUUGACAUACAGCACGAUCUCUGUGGACGUUUGUAUCGUUAAGAGUCCGUUGCUAGGUUGUAAGAGCGAAACAUAUUCCUGCCGC